AUGUUUUGGUCACAUGACUUAGUAUGGCGUUGAAAGAGAGGCAUUCCCAAUUCAACUCAAUAUUAUCGCCGAUUUUAGCCACUUUUAUUCUAUGAGCAUUAGAUUAAUAAAGAAGAAAUGUCGACUGUAAAACGCCCGAAUGACUUACGGAGGGGAGAUGAGCAAGUAAAAAGAACAAAAUUGGAUUCUAGCUGUCCUCCAUUCAUGGCAUCGACUUUUAAACUUCCCCCGUCACUGGAUAGAGAUAUGGAGGAGCAUCGCGUUCGAAGGAACACAAUGCCCAGUAUGCAGCGUAGUCAGCGUAAGGCAACUAUAGAAGCUCCACGUGAAGUUGACAGCCGACUGAAACACUGUAGAUCGGAUUCAGAGCUCAUAAAGUACUUAACGGCAUCCGUUAUACCCUCCACUACAAACAGACACGGUAAGCAAAAUCUUAUUCGACUAAAUAGACAAUACUUAAACAAAAUGAUGGAUAAGUAAUUAAUUGUCGAUUAUGGAAAUCUUCCUCGAAAACCUUAAGCAUAGUUAAAAUAAGAGACAUUUUAAAAGGCAUAAAUAACGGGAGGUUUGUUAUUUAUCUGCUAUUAUUUAAACUAUGCUAUAGAUAAACAUUGCAAUAACUGCGUGGAUUUGCAAUCAGUCCGUCAGAUACUAUUAGAAAGUGCAUGAUGGCGCCACCGAUCGUAACUUUAUAGAUUUAUUGAACAAUAGUUUAGAACCUUUUUGCAAACUCUUUUCAGACUCUGAGAAAUCUAUUCUUGAAUCCCUUCUGACGAAUGAUGUCCCAAAUUUGGCUAAGCUACCUCAUUGGGCGCGGUCGGGAGAAAAUCUCGAAUUGUUGGCCGAAAUUGUCACUGAACGGGCGAGAAGCGACUUAACAGGUAUCAAAAACAAAGAUUUUAUGGUAAAGUCAAGCAGUACCCGAUCUCUGGAUUCUGGCUAUGAUUCUUAUUCUUCACUGCCGAAGAAUUCAUCUGCAACCUUACGAGAACUUCUCCAAGGUGAGCAAAUCGGCGCCAAAAGCCUUCCAUGUAAUCUUGACAGCUUGGCUACGGCGAAGGCGGAUGAUAAAAAUUCAUUAAGGCGACAAUCUUUAGAGGGUGGAGGGUUUGGAGUAAAAUUCUUUCUAGAGAAUGAUGAUGACGAGGAGCCGGAAGAACGUGGCACUUUAUGUAAAGUGUGUUCAGGGCACAAAGUCGACAAAGAAUUUUGUGUCGAAUGCUCAGAAUUUUUUAACGAAACCAUCAAAAAUCGGGUUAGGUAUACAUGCACUUGUCCUCAAAAGUGCUCGGCUUGUAAACUAAAGAAAUGCUUCGAAGCUGGUCUUAGAUUUUGCGAACCUAUCUCAAUAGAAACUGGUUACCUUGGCACUUUACUUAAAAUUGAACCCCCAGACAGAAGGGCUGAUAAUGUAAAUGAUGAUCUAACCGAGGUCUUCAUAAAGCUGUACAACAAGGUACUACUUGACAACAUUAAUUGGGCUAAAUUAAUACCAAAAUUUGAUAAACUUUCACAAGAAGAUCAAAUUUGCUUUCUUGAAUCCAGUUGGAUGGAGCUUUUGUCAUGGGAAUGCAUUUGGAGAUCGAGAGUUCAUGCUGGGGAGUACGUGCAAUUUGCUACUGAUCUAAUAUUUGACAGGCGAAAAUGUGAAGAUGGGGGCGUAGGUGGAAAUUUAACACCAUAUUUAUUCGAUCUAUCGGAGAAAGCUUUCGAUUUAGAUAUUUCCAAAGAGGAAUAUGUGCUACUAAAAGUUAUAAUACUUGUAAAUGGCCGAAUAAAGCAACUGCCUCAUUGUACAAUCAACGACGAUGUUUUUAGCGCUUUGGAUGAAUAUUCAAAGAGAAAGUUUGGCGAUGGAUCUGCAAAGAGAAUAAGCAAUUUGCUUUCUCUAUUGCCUCAUGUGAGGCAGCUGUCCCAAAACGCUAUUAGUCGAUUGUACGAGGCAAAAAAUGAUUCGAAUUUACCUAUUUGUGAUUUGUUGAAGGAUAUAUUGAGUGAAAAGUCCUGUAAAUAAUUGCAGAAAGAAUGUUGUUUUUUGUCUUUGUCUUUUAUAACUUGUAAAAAAAACACUUGAAUGACUGCUUACUUUUAUUGCUGUAUAAUUUUUGCUAUAUUUAUUUCUUCGAGUUUAUCGCUGUGACCCUUCAACUAAUACAAGUUCAAUUGUCAAUUUUUGUGAAAUAAUGUUGAAAAUUUUGUAACUUAAAUACGCUUUGUGCCAUUAUAUCUGUAUGUUACUGAAUUUAAGAUAAUACAAACCUUGGUUAGCUGUAAAAAAAA